AUGAGGCGAUGGCUUCUGUGGGGCUGGUGGCUCCAGCACGGUCUCACAGGGCCAGCAGGUGCACCUCGUCGUUUACUUGGUAUCGAUGCCCCUGUGCUGGAGAAGCUCUCCGUGGUGCUGAGCACCGGAGUUGCAGCUCCACUGGCCUGGUCGCAGUUCGAGCUGAAGUAUUCCCUGACGGUUCCUCAAGAAGCUUUGGCUGUUGCGAUUCUCUGUGUGGUUCGUCAGGGAUAUGCCGUACUCUUGCGCCUUCAUCGGCCAGAAGACGACUUUCAUGAGACAUUGGUCUCUGGAAAACCUUCUGCAUUUGCAGACGUGCCCAGUGAAGAGGCUGCUCUGCUAGUCCUGGAAGUCCAGCAUGAGUCGCGGAGCACCAACUAUUCGAUUGUGGUUAUUCGUUCGACGAUCACUUCUGACUUUCAGUUUCAGUACCCAGACCCCGCCACGAUGGUUCCGGCCACUUCCACCCUGACCGGCCUGAUGGCAGUAGAUGGCUUCGGGGACCCGCUCCGGAUGGAACCAAUCUACUUCGAUCCUCGGCACAGCCAGUACCUCGCCUUCGCCAAUCCAAACACCGGAGGCGGCUACGCGUGGACGCGCGCCCUUGCCUCGAAGAACGACCCGGACGCGGUUCUUCAGCUACGUGUGGAUGGCAGCGAUUGGGAAAGCCUGGAGUCUGGAAUACUGACCCGGUACAUCUCUGUGCCGGUAAACACCUGGCUUCUUCUUGAAGUGCGCGUCACCUCGGCGACAGCUACAGCUUCUGGUAUCACACCACUCGUGUACCAGCUUCUCAUUUCGCGGGAGCUUCGCUGUCACGUUCUUUGCCGCACUUGCUUCGGACCUGAAGCGGCUCAUUGUUCAUCAUGCCGGGCGCCUCUGGUUCUCAACAACGGGUCCUGCACGCAGACGGCAUGCCCGCCCACCAGUUACUACGAAUGGACUUCAUACCAAUGCCUUCCGUGUGACGAGUCUUGCGCUCAAUGCUCAGGUCCUGGGGCAAGUGCUUGCACCCAGUGUCGCGCGCUGUUCUUCCUCUCGCCGGUGACGUGGGAGGAUCUUCAGGCACCUUGUGUUCUUCGAUGUCCCGGAGGCACCUUUGCCCAUCCGCGGAGCCGACGUUGUCGCAAGCCUCCAGCCGCCCCUGUCAAAACGUUCUACCUCCGGUUUAAAUUCCGCAGCACGUUUCAGGAUUUCGCCAGAGAUCCUGUGGUACAGGAGUCAGUGCUGAACACCACCGCCUUCGUGUUGGGCUUGGCGCUAUCUGACGUUCGGGGCUACAAGAUGGAAGCGGUGAAGGAGGAGUACGGCAUUGUGGUUGAGAAUGGCCCGCCUCUGCUGUCCGUCGAGGUCGUGUCGCCAUUCCUGUCCAAGGAUGAGGCAGACCAGAUCUCCAUGAACACUUGGUUUGGCGCUUUCGAGGUUCCGGUGGAUGACGUCCAAAGCUUCACAUGGGAUCAGAUGCAUCCUCCAUUGCCACCACUACCAAUACAGCCUUUGCUGCCGACGUGGGCAUGGGGUUUGGGAACUUCAGCGAGUGCAGCAAUCCUGUUGAUGCUGCCUGUAUAUUGCUGCUAUUUCCGCAGACUAGCGAACACCAGACGCAAGUACCGACCUGCCACUAGUGUUGACCCUACCUUCAUGGAGCGUGUGGUCAAUGAUUCGGAUGCGCAGCUGGUGAGACGGUUUGUUGCUCGCGAGAGUGGUGCACAGCUGAUGCGCGAUGACUGA